GUGCCGAUUCCUCUCGAGCUACAAUAAACUCAGUGAGGUCAUGGGACAGUUUUUUUUCCUCCCCCUCUCCUCAUUCCAUCUGCAUGAUGACACCAAAUCCUACUACUACUUUGCUGAAUUGAAUUUUGAAGGCAAGCCAAAGGAGAACGUUUGCUGGGACUGGGAGCGGCUAGGCACUCUGACCAAGCUAGGGGGACCAGCUGAAGGGAGGAGGCUCUGUCCACAGUGCAAAGGAACCGAGUCCCUCAAUGACAGUGAAGGGAAGGAGUUGUGUCUCAAUUUUUUUAUAUUUUUAUUUUUUCGCAGAGGGGGAUUUUGUAAAGACAUCUUUCUAAGCACGCAAUCGACAUAGUAAGGAUGAUGGCCUGUGGAGCUCAGAAGCUGCUGUGUCUUGUAGCUCUCAUUGCCCUGUCAACUGACUGGUUUCUGCCUGAGGUCAUUGCUCAGGAUGAUCCUACAGAUGCACCUGAUAUACCGGGUGAUGUGGCAGAUGCAGCUGACCCUGCAGCAGGAGCAGCAGAUGUGCCAGGUGACACUGCCCCAUCAACAGCACCUGAAUGCCGUGAAGAGCAAUUUCCUUGUACACGGUUGUACUCUGUUCAUAAGCCGGUGAAGCAAUGCAUCAGUUACUUGUGUGUUACCAGUGUCCGCCGGACAUACAUGAUAAACAAGGAAAUCUGCUCUCGCAUUGUCUGCAAAGAGGAUGAAGCCAUGCAGGAGGAGAUCUGCCGCCAGAUGGCUGGCCUGCCACCACGCCGCCUCCGCCGCUCGGGUCGCCCUCGAGGACCACCCUGCCGGCGGGCUCAGCUCCAACGACAGAAUGCUGUUGAUCCUCAGUGACCAACAAACUGCAGGCAUGAUAAAAAGGAGCAGGAGAUGAAAUCACAGCGAACCCAGACAGUCUACAACCCAGCUUAAGUUUGCCUUCUUCCCCCAACUUCCUGCCUUGGGAGGUGCUCCAGGCCAGGGACUUUCUGUGCCCACAUGUCACAGGUGGCAGCUGAUGUCACCUUUGAAAUGUGAUACCAAGACCCUCGUAUGCUCAUGCUUUUGUGUUACUCUUGCCCCAAGCUGCUUAUAAAAGCUCUGUUCACACCUGCCUUAAUAUAUACAGAUGUGUAUACUCAGCCUGUGGGGCAGUAGGAUAAUGUGCAUCCUGCCCCAGAGCUUGGUGUCCCCUGAGCUGUGUGUAACUAGGACUGAAGUUAGCUGUCCUUGGGAGGUUGGAGGCACAACAUGCCAAUAUCCAGGAGCUGCUCGACUUGAUUUCUGCAUUGCUCUUGCAGUGGGAAGGAAACUUCAGUCAUUGGCACACACCACUUAAACCCCUGUAAAGAAAAAUGGGUUAUUAGCUCUCUCAGCCACCACUAUUCCAUAAUGGAAAUGAAACUAAGCCAGUGUAGGGCUGAGAGAUUUGAUUGCACAUGCACAUGACAGAGCUACAGUGGAAGAGCAGACAGAGAAAUAAAUUCUAGUCUGUCUGCAUGGCACUGAUGGGUGGGCCCCCAAACACCAUGGAUGCACCCAUCCUUAGCUUGGUUCUAAGUAUGGUUACAUCACUGCAGACCAUCAACAGCACCACCUCACUGUCUCCACUUCACUGCCUCUUUUUUCCACUCGUAGUGUACAACUUGGGUCCUGGGUGGUGGUUGUUCCUCAAAACAAUUGACUAAUGAUCGCCACACAACAACUUUGGUGGAAGAGACAAGAGGAGAGGGAGGGAAGGAGACACGGUGGCUCAAAUCUGGCCAUAGUAGAGACACUGCAAGGACCACACUGCAAGGUCAUGCACAAGCCCGCAUUAGUGAAACCUUAAGCCAAGGUCUCAGAGAAGUAUGAGCUUUUCAGUAGUACUGGAUGGUUGCAGUGCCUGCUUAAAUUAACCAUGGGCUGUCAUUGCUGACACAGUGUAGCUGGAAACGGAGAGUUGUUUGCAUGAGAGUUGAAGGUGGCAUCAUUGCCCAUGGUGUAUAUGCUCGUUUCUUUUGCCCAUUGUUGCCUUUAGCCAAAACUACAAGAGAGAUAAUUGAGGGGCAGCAACAGUGAGUCUACACACCAUGAAUAAUGAUGCCUUUACCAAAGGGAUAUUGAGAGUCUCUUAUCCUGAGUCCAUCUACUCUGGUUGGUAGCACUUACAUGGGACCUUCUGCUGGUGAUGGAUGUGCUCUAUCACUGAACUGUGCAGCCCCUCUCUCAGCUUUUGAGAUAUCUGAAAAAGCAAUUCUCGUCUCCAGCUACCGUAUGCCCCAAAGGGAAGCUGAUAAUUUACUUCUGUGGUACCUUUGCUAGAGCCCUUCAUCUCCUGCAUAUAGUAAACACGUCCACAUGUUCUGGUUCCUAUUUUUUUUUUAAUAGAAAUUGCAUAGCAACUUUCAACAUUAUUUAACUUAACUCUUUUUACUUAAUAACUCAGGCACCUGCUGCAUGCUUUAUAGCUUCUCCUCUUCACUGCCCUUUAUAAGUCCUUAUUGCAACAUGGAUCAAAAUGAUCCAGGCUGCCAUCUGGUGCUAGUCCAUAUGCUGAAGUGAAUUCCUUUAGCAACACUGAUGCCAACAGAACAAUGGUAUAAAUAUUUCCUGCUGGCUUUGUAAUUACAUAACACUUUUGCGAUCCAGUGCUGUCCAUAAAACUGAACGCAACAGGCAAGGCACUUGGUUGAAGUCUUAGGUAAAGGAAUGUAAAAGUAUGUCUAGAUCAGCUAAUAGUGGACAGGAUAUCUGAUGUCCAAGUGACUAGGGGCACAAUCCACCAUGGUGUUUUCUACUAGCAAGCCCCAGUAAGACAGUGAAUGGGAGCUGUGCUGGCGCACAACUGUCAGGCCUGACUCCAGAUUUUGGGGCGGCCUUUGGCAGUUUGCUGGGCCUUCCUUACACUGCUGCAAUAAUUCUGGAGUGUUGCUUUUUAAUUUGUCCAGUUCAGAAAUAGAAGGGUAGGGGGAAAUACUGUUCUGUUCAAAGAAAAGUAGGGGCAGAAGGAAACCAGCAGCAAUUUCUGCCCCACGGAAAUAUGGCACAGAUAAAACAGUGAGAGAAGUGUUUCCAAUAGGUAAUUCUGACAUGGGGUAGCCACCAGGAAUUGCCAUUUUUGAUGCAGUCACUGGUCUUGUCCGUGCUCUGCCAUGUGCCAGAGUUAUGCGUCUUACUCAUCACCUAAUUGCUCAGUCUAUACCUUCACCAUCUUCCACAAGGGAAUGAGCUGCAAACUUGGCAUGUGGCACGAUAAAAAGUUAGUUAUUCAUGCCGGUUACCGUUUGUGUAGAUUGUGUGAACUGAAGCUCCCAUAUAUUUGCAGGGAAGAAAUCCCCUGUUGAAAAGGGGUAUUAUUAAAGAGUUUGACAAGUUCACAUGUUACUUGAUCUCUCUCAGCGCUUAAUGGAAUGUGUGAUUGGUUUUUGCAGACAUGUAUUCUUUAUGUUGUCAUCGGGCGACAGGAAAGCUCUGUGUGUUGUGGUUCAUUUUAUGCGUGCAAACCACCGCUAGAAGCUGUAGCCAGUGAAUGAUCAACAUUUAUAUGUGAAACAGCCAAGGAGCAAGUAGUAGGGGAAGAGAGCUGAAAAUAAGCCAAUAUAUUGUACAUCUGGCAAAAUAUACAUCAGGAGGCUUAGCUUGGUCAGAAUUGAGUAUACGCUUCCAGAGUUACAUUACUUCUCGUAAAUGAGCCACCAUAGCCACUAGAGGGCUGUGAAAAUUUGUGUCCUGGGCUUUUAAGACUCAUCUACCCAUGUACUAUCUGAAACCAAAGGGGCACAUUGCUUGCCAGAUGUGAAUUCCCCUCCCAGCUCUCUUACCCCCCACUAAAUGGUGGGUAACCUGCAGCCCUCAUGCUGUUGUUGGAUCAGCUCCUGUCAGGCAAAGCCAAAAUGGCCAAUGAUCAGGAUUGGUGCUAGACUUUGGGGAAUCCUUGGCAUGGUACUGUUCAAGGGCCCUGCCAGUUAGGGCUGGGCUGGGCAGUUGCUGCUACUGCUUUCACAAUGGCAGCACCAUUCACUCUUCUCCACCAGAUCCUUAGAUAUGCUUCACUGGUGCUUUUGAAUGGGAGCUGAGCUCAACUUCCAUCUGUGAUGGCCAACCGCCAUCUUAACUCGCCCAAAAUGCAACGCCCUAGUCCACAGAUCUGUGAAACCAAUUCACUUAAUGGAGCUGUUGGGUUGGGGCCUUCUAGUUCAGGUAACCAAAAAUGGCAGGUGAUCAUGGCAGAUGGGAGCGGAGCAUGGCUCUUACUCAAAACGCCACCAUUGCCUGCUAUUGCAAAGCCUCUGGGAAGCCAUCAAGGAGGGUAGGGAGUGAGGGCAGGACUGAGCUGGGCAUGUGAGGGGCCCAUUCAAGCCUUUAAGGCAUUCAGCCAGUGUUGGAUCUGGCCAACUGCUUGUGCCAGGCCUGCUAAUAGUCAGGGAUAAUGAGAGCUGUAGUCCAGAAAUCUCUGGCCUACAGUCUCCUCAGCCCUGCUGUAGAUACUAUAUGGUACACAAAUUCUUCAGUAGAGUUGGUGACUUUGUUUUUAACUGGCCCUUGUCUUAAGCCUCUAGCAGUGGCUGUAUGGGCAGAAAUUAAGUUGGUGAAAUUUUUCCCAUCAUUUUAUAUCUGUGUCUGUAAAAAGGCACAGUAAAAAGAAAGAAGUACAAUUUGUCUUUAUAGAGAAUAACUGCCUGAUUUUUUUUUAAAGGGAUGGCCUUACUGUGGGACGUUGGUACGCAUCAGUUGUUAGAAGGCACAUAUAUAAGAGAUCUAAAUCUGUUCUGAAUACCAAAUGCAAAUGUAAACAUAUAUGAAUGUAUUCCAUAGUUAUUGUACAACAUAUAAAUAUAUAAAACACGUUCACAAAUUUUGAAAGAAUGCAAAUUAUUUCUUAUGCUGCUUCACUGCUGUAUUUUAUGCGGGGUCAAGGAGUGGAAUUUCAAGGGAAAAAGCACUGCAUAAACAGAAUUUAUAUUUUAUGGAAUGCAUACACAAUUCAAACAUAUUAAAAGACAACUUGUUUUCCU